AUGUUGCACUCGGGGUGGAGGAAAUGGGGCGGGCGGCUCCGGCUCGCGGCUAGCUGCGCUGAGGCGGGCCUCGCAGAGUGGGUCGGCCGCACCCCGCUCGCAGCGCCGCUCCGCUCGGCGGCGCUGGUGCUGCUGGCGGCGGGCGGGGACACCAUCGCCCGCCUCCCCGCCCCGGCGGCUGCAACUGCCCCCAGCGAGGAUGGGGACGAGCCUGGCCGGUCCGCGCCUAGCCACCAGCAGGCACGCGCACCCGCGCUGCCACGGGCACGGCUGGCAGAGUGCGCCGCCGCGUCGGUCGCCAUGCAUGUGUGGGUCGGCGCCGCCGCAGGAGCGUCGCUGGCCUCGUCGGUGCUCGCGUCCCUCUGGCUCUCGAACGUGUUUGCCGUCGCCGGCGCGCACGUCGGCGCGCGCGCUGCGAUGCGGAGGCGCUCUCGCGCGCGGCGCAUCGUGGCGGGCUAG